AUGGCAACAGCCACCUCCAGUCCAUACCUGGCCAGCAAUAGGAUCCUGUCCACCGGCUCCAUCGUGCACUCAGACCGGGGGGUCGGUGACAUGCAGCCGGGGAGCACUGCUGUCACCUCGGUGUCGGGCGGAUACAGAGGGGACUCCUCGGUGAAGAUGGUGCAGAGUGACUUCAUGCAGGGCGCUAUUGCGACGAGCAACGGGGGACACAUGUUAAGCCAUGCCCACCAGUGGGUGACAUCCCUGCCUCACGCCGCCGCUGCAGCAGCCGCAGUGGCAGGUGCCGAAGCUGGUUCUCCCUGGCCCCCCGGCCCGGUGGGAAUGACAGGCAGCCCGCAGCUGCAGGACGUGAAGAGAAACUCCGGCAGAGAGGACCUGCACUCGGGCUCCGCUCUACACCAUAGGUCUUCGCAUCUGGGCUCCCACCAGGCACACCCAGGAGCCUGGGGAGGCACCUCAUCCGCUCACAUCUCCAGCAUCUCCGAAGUACAGCAGCAGCAACAGUCGCUGAUGUACUCCCAGACCGGGGGAUUCACGGUUAACGGGAUGCUCAGCUCACCGGGUAGUAGAAGCCUAAUGCACCCGGGGAUGGUGAGGGGGGAAUCCCCUGAACUCGACCACGGCAGCCACCAUCAUCACCACCACCACCACCAGCAUCCACAUCAUCCGCAGCACCACGUCGGGGUGAGCCAUGACGCUCAGUCCGACGAGGAUACGCCAACCUCGGACGACCUGGAGCACUUCGCCAAACAGUUCAAACAGCGCCGGAUCAAACUGGGCUUUACACAAGCGGACGUGGGAUUGGCGCUGGGCACCCUGUACGGAAACGUCUUCUCACAGACCACGAUAUGCAGGUUCGAGGCCCUGCAGCUGAGCUUCAAGAACAUGUGCAAGCUGAAGCCGCUGCUCAACAAAUGGCUGGAGGAAGCUGACUCGACCACCGGUAGCCCCACCAGCAUCGAUAAGAUCGCGGCGCAGGGCAGGAAGAGGAAAAAGCGCACGUCUAUCGAGGUGAGCGUCAAAGGAGCUUUGGAGAGCCACUUUCUCAAAAGCCCCAAACCAGCAGCCCAGGAGAUCACCUCUCUGGCGGACAGUUUACAGCUGGAGAAGGAGGUGGUCCGGGUCUGGUUCUGCAACCGCAGGCAGAAGGAGAAGAGGAUGACGCCGCCGGGGCUGCCACACAGCCCGGAGGACGAGUACUCCCAGGUCGACAACAUGAGCGCAGGCACACCGUCACCUUCCAUGGACUGCAAGCGAAUGUUCAGCGAUACGUGA